ACAUGAUACAUUCGUCAAAAUCGAAAUACUCAAGGUCGCAAUUGUGCGCAUGUUUUUUAAAACCAUUUAAAUUAAAUUCAUUUAGCUUCACUGUUUCAUGUGGUAUAGGUGUAUUCGUCAGUUUUCCAGUUAUAUUACAAAAAUGUUGCCUGAAGUGGUAUUCGUACUUGGUGCUCCCGGUGCCGGUAAAGGAACACAGUGCUCGCUUAUUUCUAAGGAAUUUGGAUUUGUACACCUUUCUGCGGGGGAUUUAUUACGUGAGGAGCGUCAAAGACCAGGCUCUGAGUAUGGUGAAAUGAUCGAGGAAAAGAUUCGGAAUGGGGAAAUCGUUCCCGUCGAAGUUACAUGUUCGCUCAUACAUAAAGCUAUUCAAAAUUCUGGACAGACACGAUUCCUGAUCGACGGUUUUCCUCGCAAUAAAGAUAACUUAGAAGGCUGGGAACGUGUCAUGUCUGAAAAAACUAAAUUAUUGUUUGUAUUGUUCUUUGAGUGUUCUCGAGAUAUCUGUACAGAACGGUGCUUGAAACGAGGUGCAGCUGGCAGCGGUCGUUCGGACGAUAACAUGGAGAGUCUCAAGAAAAGAUUUAAUACUUAUAUCAAUGAUACCAUGCCUAUAAUCAAUUAUUAUGAUAAACAGGGGCUUGUACGUAGGAUCAAUGCUGAAGUGGCUCCAGAAGAAGUGUUUAAAGAUGUUAAAAAUCUUUACAACAACUUAUCUAAAGCAGAGAGCUAAUUAAAUUGUUUAACACAUAAGUAGGCCAAUCACACAUUUAUAAUUCUUGAAUUCUGCUAAGAACAAUCAUAAAAGGCACUAGCUGAUAUUCCUAAGAAAAUUAAAUUGCAUCCAAAGGUCAUUUGGUAUUCACGUUUCCUAUAAUUACCUUUAACAACUGCAAUAUUGCAUUAAAGAUGUACAUAGUAGACAAUUGUGAAAAGUAGUAUUUAUCAAUAAAAUCAAUGUACACAAUGGCAAUAAUUUUGAAGGUUCUGUCAUGUAUUGUGAGACCUUCACUAUAAUAGCAUUGUUUUUUUAAGAAACAGAGGUCAUUCUAAAUUACAUUUACCUGUUACUAAGUUAAAACAUUUUCGUUUUGAUGUGCCAUAGAUUGAAAUAAAGUAUUUUUAAAGGUCAGAUAUUUUGUUUAUCAAAAUCAGAUAAAAUAUACAUCAGUAUAAUUUUUUAUACAGUAUAUACUUAAUAAUUGUAAAAACAUUUCCUUUUUAGCAUUUAAUUGUAUAAAUAUUUACAUAAAAUUUAAAUAAAAUUGCAUUUACAGAUCAUUAAUGGAUAAGUUUGACAGUGUUUUAAACAAACAUAAAAUGAAGAUUUUGCCGAUAAUAUUUAUUUAAUUAUAAAGUAGAAACUAAGCUUGCAAUUGUGUAUAUGUAAAUAAAGACCAAAGUGGAAACAACCAA